AGCCUAUACAUGAAGAAAUUCAGGUCCUGGGACGUGAAGCCCCUGGCGCAGGGUCAGCAAGCCAGCGGCCGAGGUGGGAUUCCAGCCAGCCAGCUGCAGAAGGAGGAUUCGAACUCCCAACCACCGGGAAAGGACGCGCAGCCCGGGCAGAAGCGUGGUUUGGGUCGCGUUCCGGGUGAGACGUAGACCUGAGCGACCGAAGCCGCGAACGAGAUGCCGGUGGCCGUGGGGCCCUACGGACAGUCCCAGCCGAGCUGCUUUGACCGCGUGAAGGUGGGCUUUGUGAUGGGUUGCGCAGUGGGCAUGGCGGCCGGGGCGCUCUUCGGCACCUUUUCCUGUCUCAGGAUCGGAAUGCGGGGUCGGGAGCUGAUGGGCGGCAUCGGGAAAACCAUGAUGCAGAGUGGCGGCACAUUUGGCACAUUCAUGGCCAUCGGAAUGGGCAUCCGAUGCUAAUCUGGGCAGUGGUUGCCCAUACACCUACCCUUUCCCAUCAGUCCAGCUCAUGUACUAUAAUAAAACAAAAUUCUUUGAGUAAAAA